CGCCGGAGGGGCGGGGCCUAGCCAUGGCGGCCGCUGAGCUUGGCGGGCGUGCGGUGCGGGCCUCCACCCCGGGACCCGGGGUCCCGGACCGCGCGGCCGGAGCUGCACGGCCGCCCUCCGGGCGGAGCGGAAGCGGAGCCCUCCGGCCGGGGGAGCGCAUCCCCGCGACCGUGGAGAAGCGGGGGCCGUACAUGGUGACGCGCGCGCCUUCCAUUCAGGCUAAGCUGCAGAAGCACCGGGACCUGGCCAAGGCCGUGCUGCGGAGAAAAGGCAUGCUGGGGGCCGCGCCGCCCCGCCCCGACCCUUCAGGGAAAAGGUCAGUGAAGUUUAACAAGGGCUAUACUGCUCUUAGCCAAAGCCCGGAUGAAAACCUGGUGUCCCUUGACUCGGACAGUGAUGGGGAGCUGGAAUCCAGAUACUCCUCCGGGUAUUCCUCUGCAGAGGCAAGUCCAGAGCGCCUUUCUGCGCGGGGCCAGGCUGCAGGCAGCAUCACCGCCACUGCCAAAUGCUUGUUUGGUGCCUGCUAUGUGCACAGCAUUGUACCAGACUUCUGGUCUGUUCUCCAGUCUUCCAUUCUGCCCUCUUCCCUUGGCAGAGAUAUAGGUGUUUAGGAGGGCUGUUGAAAACCCAGAAGACUGUAUCUUCAGGGCUGGAAAUGACCUCAGUAGUCUGACCACAGCUUAGAAGAGGAAUCCUCUUUAUGUUUACUAGCCUCUGCUUGCAUGGAUGCCUCUUGUAAUUGGGUACUCCAAGAAGCAUUGAAGCAUUGCUUGCUGUACUCCCCCAACACACAACUCCUUCUUUAGAUACCUUUUAGAGAAGUCUUCUUGGUCAUUUGAAAUGUUUCUUGCAGCCUGCACCCACUGGUCCUAGGACUG